CUUUCGGCCGCGAUAUUUUGAUGCGAGGAACGAUGCGGGAUGAAAUGGGCGAGAGUAACGGAGAAAAAAAUCCCAGCCGCGGACGAGAGUGUCGGUGGUCGGAGGCACGGUGUUUACAUGCGUUUACCAGCAUUUACCAGUGUUUAUGAAUCAAACAUGGACGACGCGGUGCAAGAGCCGGAAAAGAAGAACUGCACCUUUCUGUUUAAAAGACGUAGGAUUCGCAGUAAUGCCACGAGAAAGCGGAAAGAAUCCGACGGCAGUGAUGAUAGCAGCGAAGAUGAGACCACGGUAGUUAAGAAAGAGAAGAAGCAGGAUGAUCACAAUCCUAUGGUACAAAAGACAAACGUGAGGAAGCAUCAGAAAGUCAGCGACUCUGACGAUAGUGAGGAUGACAACGUAACUGUGUUGUACAAGAGCAAUAGGACAGCUCUGCGAGCCGGUCCGAGCGAUCAAGGAGCGACAGCUACGCUUCAGACGGAAACGGAGAAGGACAGGGACGCGCAGGCACUGUUCGAGAAGGCCCAGAAAAUAAACGAGGAACUAGAGGGGAAGGAGGAUGAUAAGAUUUAUAGAGGCUUGAACAAUUACGCACAGUAUUACAAAAAGAAGGACACUGCGGCUGGAAAUGCUUCCAGUGGAAUGGUGCGUAAGGGACCAAUUCGAGCGCCGUCCAAUCUUAGAGCGACGGUGAGAUGGGACUAUCAACCUGAUAUAUGCAAGGACUAUAAAGAAACUGGUUUCUGUGGUUUUGGAGAUAGCUGUAAGUUCUUACACGAUCGGUCCGAUUACAAAUUGGGAUGGCAAUUGGAAAGAGAAGCUGCUACCGGAGAGUAUAACGACAGUGGGGACGAAGAUGACAAGAAGUACGAGAUUGACAGCGAUGAGGAGAACUUGCCGUUUAAAUGCUUUAUUUGUAGAAACAGUUUCACAGAUCCUGUCGUUACUAAGUGCAAGCAUUAUUUUUGUGAGAAAUGUGCUUUGGAGCAAUAUAGGAAAAGUACGCGAUGUUACAUCUGCAAUGUCCAGACCAAUGGCACCUUUAAUCCUGCCAAAGAAAUUAUCGCGCGAGCUAAAGCGGAAGACAAAGAGAGAGCAGUCGCUGCAAACGAAGAUUCCGAUGAAGAUUAAUACAAUUUUUUAACAAGAUUAUCUCUGUCUCUACAAUUUUGUAACAAUAUAACAUUAAUUUUAGUGAACUGUAAAUUUUAAACAUAGAAUACAUUUAUGGACUUUCUAGAAUAAUUAGAGGUGUGUAAACAAUCCUGCGUUUUUUCCAAUUGUAUUUUUUUCUGAACGCUCAUUUAUUGAAUGGCAUUUGUUAAAAACAUCUUGUUAUAUGAAUACUGUAGGCAAAUAAAAAUAUUGUAUGUAUAUA